CGCCUCGCUUCCUUCUUCCCCAACCACCACCGCCUCCCCUCGGCCCAUGUCCUCCUCCAUAUACAACCACAAGCACCUCCAACCCACAGGUGCUGCCACCCAGGGCCCCUCCGGCCCCCAACACAGCCAUGUCAAGCUCAACGAAUGCUUCGAGACCAUCAGGCAGGAGUUUGACGCAGUGGCGCACGAACUCGUCCACCUCCGGGGCCAGAGAGACGACUUGGACAGCAAAGUAAAUGGCCAAGUGAACGAGCUCAACAUCAUCCGCCAGUCUCUCUACGAUCUCGAGGCCCAGCAUGGCAAGAUCCGCGCUCAGUACGACCAAGAAAUCGCUGCUCUACGCGCAGAGAUACACGCCCUACGCUCUCAAGGUCGUGAACGCGAAGUUCUCGGGCUGGCCUCCCUCGGUCGCGACCGUGACCCCGCCCUGCGCGGUGAACCACCCCUACGUGGAGAGCCCCCUCUCCGCGCCGACCCCGCCAUGCGCGGCGAGCCUUCUCGCGAUCGCGAUCGGGACCGCGAACUGCUUCCACAACGCGAGCUCAUGCGUGAGCGAGAGCGCGAGAGAGACCGUGAACGCGAUCGCGACGGCGACGUCCGUAUGGCCGGGCCCGGCCCCGCGUCAGGUAUGCCUAUGCGAGGCGACGCCAUGGGGCGUGACAGCUUGGGCAUGGGGAGACCUAGUGCAGUGCAGGGCGCAGGCGAGGGCCUGCCGCUCACCCCUGUAGGUUUGGGCAUGGGCGCCGGCCCCGGUGGGGGAGCAUACGAGCCUUUCUAUGGACGACAAGACAGGGAACGCGAGCGAGGAGGGAUAGUGAUGGGUGACAGAGAGCGUGGCCUCAUGAGCGAGCGCGAGCGGAUCGAGAGGGACAGGAUGGAGCGCGAACGAGACCGGGACCGAGAGCGUGUUGAGCGCGAUGCAAGGGACGUGAAGCGCGUCAAGACAGAGCGUGUCAAAACCGAUCGCGGAGACCCCUUCUCACCUUCCAUGAACCACCCGAGCGCACACCCGUCGCACCCGCACCAAAGCAUCUCCCUCGGCCCUGCUGCACCUCCCUCCGGCCUCCAGCCUACACCCGGCCCCGGCCCAAACGCCAACCCCCUUGCCCCGCCGACAUCCGCCAAUCCUAACCCUCCCGGGCCCAAUAGCCAAAAUGGGAUGAACGUCAAUGGUAGAGAGCCAGCUGGCAACAACCUGAACACCGGUGCUACGCCGAAACUUCCGCCAGCGCCAGGUGUGGGUGGCAUGGGCCUGGGUGUUUCGCUGCCCCCGCCGCCGUAUGCUGGUCAACAGGGUGGCUCAGGCUUGGGUCAGCAGGGUCCAGGCGCGUUGCCUGGGGGUCCGAACGCGGGGAGGGAGGGACCAAACCAGGUAACAGGGCCGAGCAGCCAAGGACCGGGUCAGGAGCCGGGGGUGAACGGCGGGGGCAACCCAUCCUUCCCUCACACACCGACCAUGCCGCCUUCCACGGCGCCGCCGAACAGCGCCAACCCCGAUAGCGGGCCCGCAUCGAUGCAGGUUGUUGAUCUUAGCGUGGACCCGAUGGCCGUCCCCGCCGAUCUGAAGAAGGAAGGCGCCGAUUGGUUCGCUAUAUUUAACGCGAACGCGGGCAAGGAGGGCAAGAAACGAGCCCUGGAUGUCACUCUCCAGCAUACAUUGAUGCACGAGAGCGUUGUAUGCUGCGUCCGGUUCUCUGCGGACGGAAAGUAUCUCGCAACCGGAUGCAACCGGACCGCUCAAAUCUAUGACACGAAGACAGGACAGAAAACAUGUGUUCUCGUCGACGACCAGGCGAGUAAGACCGGCGACCUCUACAUCCGCAGCGUCUGCUUCAGUCCCGAUGGCAAGCUACUCGCCACGGGCGCAGAGGACAAACAGAUCAGGAUCUGGGACAUUGCCCAAAAGCGGAUACGCAAUGUGUUCGACGGCCAUCAACAGGAGAUCUACUCAUUGGACUUCUCCAAAGACGGACGGCUCAUCGUCUCUGGGUCUGGCGACAAGACCGCACGGAUAUGGGACAUGACAGAGAGGACCCCGUGCAAGAUCUUGUCCAUCAACGAAGAUACAGUUGAUGCCGGCGUGACCUCAGUAUGUAUCUCACCAGACGGCCGUCUGGUCGCCGCCGGUUCGCUCGACACCAUCGUGCGGAUUUGGGACGUCGCCACGGGCGCGCUCGUCGAGCGCCUGAAGGGCCACCGCGACAGCGUCUACAGCGUCGCCUUCACCCCCGACGGCAAGGGCCUCGUGAGUGGCAGCCUGGACAAGACACUCAAGUACUGGGAUCUGCGGCCGAUCUUGCGGGGGCCUGCGGGCGCUCUAACACCGGGUAAGAACGGCGUUAAGGAGGGCGGAGAGAAGGGGAGCUUGUGCACGAUGAAUUUCACAGGACAUAAGGAUUAUGUCCUGUCUGUCGCGGUGUCGCAUGAUGGACAGUGGGUCGUGUCAGGCUCGAAGGAUCGCGGAGUGCAAUUUUGGGAUGCUAAGACCGCGACGGCUCAAUGCAUGCUGCAGGGCCAUAAGAACUCCGUCAUCUCCAUCGAUCUCAGCCCAGCGGGCAGCGUGCUGGCAACAGGCAGUGGUGAUUGGCAAGCAAGAAUAUGGAGCUACACCGCGCUAUGAUGGAUCGUUAGGCUCUUCUUUUCUCACUGUUAUAUCUAAGCUCUGGGUACCCCUUGUCGGAUCGCUUCUGAUGUUCUUGUCUAGUCUCGUGCUCAUGCCCGCCACGCGUUUACGUUGUAUCUACCACCUGUGAGAUUCUUGCUCGUAGCUAUUAUUGUAGUCCUCUCUUCUCCCAUUCUGUUUGUGACCGAUGUGCUCGGUACGCCGGUCAGCUUGCGACCCUACGGGAUACUUACGUACGGUACACCUUGACGGAUGUGAUUCAAAAGUAGAACAAUUCAUGUCGUCGUAUGUAUAUGUAUCAUGCAUGCACAAUGUCGACAUUGUAGAGUGUCGCAGCAUCC